AUGGCCAAAGCAGUAGAUGAGAAGCCAAUUAGGAUAUUGGUUCCGGAUAAGAGCUUUGACUUAGAGCAAAAACCAGCAGAAGGUCUUUAUGAUGAGCUUUCCAAAUGCACGCCCAAGACUUUAGCCUACUUUGAUGAAGUGAUACAGAUUUAUGUUAUUACAUCGGUCAAAAUCGAAAGCAAAUUAAAAUUGGAGCUUGGAUACGGUACAGAUAGAAACACAUCAUUGUGUCAGUCAGAACCUGUCGCAAUAACAAAAAGCUAUAAAAUAUGGAUGUUCGAAGUGCGCAUAGAAGAAGGGAAAAGUACACAGUUAAGUAUACGUGCCUGGUACGAAAACAAGGAGGAAGCCCAUGACAAAAUACUUAAGGACUUCGAACCCUUAGAUGAACUGAUAGUAAAUGGAAUCAAGCUUGAAUCUGAAACUCAAAGUGUGAACAAUGAGGCGGAGCCUAAAUUAGUGUCGUGCGAGGUAUCUCUAGCGAUUUCACCGCUAUUUCAAUUGGUAUUUAAAAACAUCAAGUCGGAAAAGGUGUUUAUCUCAUUGGAUGUUUGCGCAUGUCGUGAACUCAAAGAUGCUAGGGCAGAUAUUAUUAUAAAGAAGAUUAACGUUGAGGUUACUAAUUGUGAAAUCAUAGAAUACUCAAAAAUUAAGUAUCCUGUUCAUCUGGUUCCAGAAUCUAAAAUAGCAUUAGCAUAUGUUCUAUCGAGCACGGAUAACAAUCAUAUAAAGCCAGUCACUGCUUUAAUCACCUCUACUGUUGAUGGAUUCAAAGAGAUAGAAACGGAGUGGACUGCAAACAUAGAUUUCCAAAAACCAUACUACAACCCUGGAACCCAAUCGUUAAGAAACUUCUCUACACCACUUUUAAUGCAAAGUAGAAGCCCAUCGAGAUCAGCAUCAUCGGUUAUGCUAUCAGUUCAUAAAAGAUCUGGGUUUAAGUAUAAAUCAAAUUCUUCGACAAGCGUGCGGUCAUCAAGUCAGAUCAUUAGAGGACUCACUUUGUCCGUUUCCGGAAAGACGCAAGUGAAAUUGAGUGAAGCAUUCAAAUGGAAAAUACAAUUGAUCAACAAAUCAUCCACCAAGAUGGAUCUCAUCCUAUAUAUACAAUCAUCUGUGAAGAAACAGUAUGAGAAGUCUUUGGUGCCAAUAUCAGUACAGAACUCGCAUUCUACUAAGGAUGAUCCGGUUCCUUUAUAUAAGAACUCACAGCUAGUGAGAGCAUUCUACCAUAAAUUCAACAAAGUGGGACUGGUAUCGUUGACAAACAACUUGAGGAUGAAUCUUGAGCCUGGAAACUUGUUUGAAACCGAGUUGCAAUUGGUUGCAAUUGAAAGAGGCCUCUUUACUCUUCGGGACAUCAAGAUUCUUGAUGCAAAUACAGGCGACACGUUUGGUUGUCCCAGGCUGCUUGAUGUUUUAGUUGUUUAA